AUGAAUCAUGUAUCUUUCUCAAUUAAUUCAAAUACCUAUCCCCUCUUGUUUCUCUUAAUCAGAAAAUCUACAUGUAGGAUUAUGAUUGUCCUUUCUCUUCCUAAUUCUUAUAUUUGCAUUUUUUUGUUCGAUUUCGAUUCUGUUUGUAAUCGUUCUUUGAAAUCGAUCUCGAAUUUGAUCAAUUUAUUUGUGUUUAGACUUUGUUUCGAUGAUCAUGUAUGGAAAAAUACCUCAAUCAGAAUGAUAAACAGAUCUAUCUCAAAGGAUCGAUACAACAAGUUGUUGAUGUCACUCAAGAACCAUUGGAGUUAA